GUAUGAUUCCCAGCAUCCCUGAUUCUUUCUAAUCUUUGUCUGAAUGGCAAAAACGCACCUAAAUGCUACUAUAAUUUGCAUUUUUCACUUUUGGAACUGGGACUUCAUUCUUAUUGGAUUUUUCUAAGCACUCUUUGUAUACCAUGAUACUAAUCCUGUUGUUGACAUGUUGUAAAUACUUGUGUACAUGCUACGUCUGGAAGUGCUCCAAUUUGGAUAUAAUUUAUACAUAAUUUCAAUUCACGUGCAAGAUGCUCUAAGUUUGUUCCAAGUGGGACGCAAAAUCUAGCAGAUGCUCCUUAAAAUUUCUACAUCACAUAGGGAACAUUUUUUUUUAAUGUGCUAACUAAACGUAUAAAUACAAUUACUAAAGAAACAUGUUAAGUGGUUAGGAAUCACUAAUCAAUUUCUAGGUCCAUUUUUUCCCCCCAGUUUUUUGUUUUUUGCUCGGUUUAGGGGGACAUUCUUGGGUUGUGAAGCUUGUUUUCCAAUCAGCACAACUGCUUAGUAACUGCACACUUAGUCAGUGCUAACCAACGCCCAAUUGGGAGUGCUCGUAACAGAUUCUGGAGCCGGGCGCUCAGGGACUCGGGAAGGUGCCAGCGAUGCCUCAGCCCUGAGCCGCGCGCCCUGACACUCCCCUCUUUUAGGGAUUCGAGCCAAUCCGUUCAGCUCACAUGACUUCAUCUAAGCAAGUUUCUUGUGACCGCCGACAGCAAAUUAAACUCAUGGCCUUUUUACUUAGAUGCCCCCCCACUGAAGGCGUUCCCAUCCCGCUCCACAGGGACCACAAAGUUACAACAACCCAACCAAAAAGAGGAGGAAAAAGAGGGUCCCGCUGAACCCAAACGCGAUCCUCUUUCUUUCUCCUCAGGCUCUGCUGCACAUCUGGGGUCGCUAGUCGGCUUCGGCGUGCCUGGAGGACCCCGUCCUCCGGAGACUGCUGGCCAAGGCAAAAGCAGAAAACGCAGGCUUUCCUGCCACUCUCCUGUAUGACGAAUCAAAAGAGGAGUCGGGCGGAGGGGGACUUUUGCUGGGUCCUGUUUUGGUGGGGCAGGUUCUGGGCAGGUUCUGGGCAGGCAGCGCCGAAGUCGCCUAGAUUCCCGACUGGCGGCACGCGGGGGGCCUUCUCGGCUCCUUCGCUGUUGCCGCCGCCGCCGCCGCCGUCGCAGCCGCUGCCGCUGCUGCUGCCGCGGUUGCUGGGGGUCGGUGACACGAGGAGGUGUCGGGGACCCUGUGGAGUCCGUGUCUGUCGCUGUUUUUGCCUGAGGAGUCUUCCUGCCUUCGCCGCAUCCUGAUUCCCGUGGUGUCGAGGGGGAGUGCCUGCGGACACCUCGGCACGCAGUGGAGAUGCCUCUCUUUGCCACCAAUCCCUUCGAUCAGGAUGUUGAGAAAGCAACCAGUGAGAUGAAUACUGCUGAGGAUUGGGGCCUCAUUUUGGAUAUUUGUGAUAAAGUCGGUCAGUCUCGUACUGGACCUAAAGAUUGUCUUCGGUCUAUUAUGAGGAGGGUGAACCAUAAAGAUCCUCAUGUUGCUAUGCAAGCUCUGACUCUUCUAGGAGCAUGUGUAUCAAACUGUGGCAAAAUUUUUCAUUUGGAAGUAUGUUCAAGAGAUUUUGCUAGUGAAGUAAGCAAUGUAUUAAACAAGGGUCAUCCUAAAGUGUGUGAAAAAUUAAAGGCUCUCAUGGUUGAAUGGACAGAUGAAUUUAAGAAUGAUCCACAGCUUAGUCUGAUAUCGGCAAUGAUUAAGAAUCUUAAGGAACAAGGAGUUACGUUUCCAGCUAUUGGCUCUCAGGUAGCUGCAGAACAAGCAAAAGCAAGCCCAGCUCUGGUAGCCAAGGAUCCUGGUACUGUGGCUAACAAAAAAGAAGAAGAAGACUUAGCAAAAGCCAUUGAAUUGUCCUUGAAGGAACAAAGGCAGCAGUCAACCACCCUUUCCACUUUGUAUCCAAGCACAUCUAAUCUCUUAACUAACCACCAACAUGAAGGUCGAAAAGUUCGUGCUAUAUAUGACUUUGAAGCUGCUGAAGAUAAUGAACUUACUUUUAAAGCUGGAGAAAUUAUUACAGUUCUUGAUGACAGUGAUCCCAACUGGUGGAAAGGUGAAACCCAUCAAGGCAUAGGGUUAUUUCCUUCUAAUUUUGUGACUGCAGAUCUCACUGCUGAACCAGAAAUGAUUAAAACAGAGAAGAAGACGGUACAAUUUAGUGAUGAUGUUCAGGUAGAAACAAUAGAGCCCGAGCCGGAACCAGCUUUUAUUGAUGAAGAUAAAAUGGACCAAUUGCUACAGAUGUUGCAAAGUACAGAUCCCAGUGAUGAUCAACCAGAUCUUCCAGAGUUACUGCAUCUUGAAGCAAUGUGUCACCAGAUGGGACCACUCAUUGAUGAAAAGCUGGAAGAUAUCGACAGAAAACAUUCAGAACUCUCAGAACUUAAUGUUAAAGUGAUGGAGGCACUUUCGCUGUAUACCAAGUUAAUGAAUGAAGACCCAAUGUAUUCCAUGUAUGCAAAAUUACAGAAUCAGCAGUAUUAUAUGCAGUCAUCUGGUGUUUCUGCUUCUCAGGUGUAUCCAGGGCCUCCUCAGAGUGGUGCUUACCUGGUGGCAGGGAACGCCCAGAUGAGCCAUCUCCAGAGCUACAGCCUUCCCCCAGAGCAGCUGCCUUCUCUCAGCCAAGGAGCAGUGCCACCGUCUGCAAACCCAGCCCUUCCUAGUCAGCCAACCCAGGCUUCUUACCCUAAUGCAAUGGUCAAUUCUGUUCAAGGAAACACAUAUCCCAACCAGGCCUCAGUGUACAGUCCCCCUCCUGCUGCUGCUGCUGCUGCGGAUGUCACUGUAUACCAGAAUGCAGGAACUAAUAUGUCCCAUGUGCCAAACUAUAAUUUAACAUCAUCACCGCUGCCUCAACCAGGAGGCAGUCAACAGCCACCUCAACCACAGCAACCGUAUUCUCAGAAGGCUCUGCUAUAGGAUUUGGGAUUCUGGUUUGUGGCAAAUAUACCUGCUAAAUGCCGCUGACAAUGUUACGGGAGUCUUUGAUAUCCUAAGGUUUGUUUAUCCUCAGCUGGUAGGAAUCUGUCUCGGUCGACAAGUUCAAAUAUUCAAGAAGGUAGAACUCUUCCAUUUGCACUGACUUUUGAGAGGUUCUCCCCUCCCCCUCCCCCAGAGGAAUGAAGCUACUUGCAUUUAAAUUCCUUUCAUGAUAUGAAAGAAUUGAUACAAGGUUAUUUGUCUCAUAAAAAUACCUGGUCUGCAAAAAAAGUCAAACUUACAAAAACUGCUGUGGCAACUGUUAUGUACAUAUAUUGCUAUGUAACUUCAUUAGUGGCCAUUUUGAAUCACGACGGUGAUCAUGUGAAUAUAUUUAACACUGUUAAAUUAAUUUACAUCGCUGUUUUAUUUUAAUCAUGAACAACUACCAUGCUUCAUAAUCUUUUGUGUAAAUUUAAUAAGAUAAUUACACUAUCCUUUCCAACUGCAAGAGAACAAAGCUGUAGAAUAUUUACAUGAAGGCAUUGUGUGGUAGAGGUUUCAGUUUCACAUUAAACUGAACCUUUGACUGAUUGUGAGCUAAACACUUGUACCUUUUGUCUUUCUGUAGCCUCUGCAUACUACUAGCUGUCAUCAUACCAGCACACAGUAGCUAAAUUUUUGGUGCAGUCAUAGCAAAUGAUGUUCCCUUUUAAACUUUGACAUUUCGGCAUGACAUUUCAGAAUAUUGUGGGACCAUGAGACAAAAUUGAGUAGGGUCAUGUUCUUGAUAUCUUAUUUUUAAAGAUAGAAUGUUGAUUUACUUUUUCCUAGUUGAAAUAGCUAAUUAGGUUUAUAAGCUGUAUACUGUGUUUAUUGGUGGCAGUGACACCAAAGAUAGAGGCAAUGGAUAGGCAUUUUUAAACUGGAAAGAAACCAUGAAUAACACUACAUUUUCAAAGUCUCUUGUAAUUAUUUAGGAUAUAAAAAAAUGGAUUCAUCUGUCUUAUCCCACUAAUCUAUACAUUGUAUCCUUUAAUUCUUCAUUAAAAUGGAUAUAAGUAGAUGUUUCAAAGUAAUCAAUAUUCCUGGCUUUGCUUAACAGUUUGUAUAUUUAUUCUUAUCUUUCAAACUGGAUUAUGGGGCUGCUCUCUCUUUCUCUCUCUCUUUUAAAAUUCUAAUGGAAUUAUGUUGUCUUCCUAUUCAGGAGUCUUUUUGAAUGAAUGCUUUUCUUUUAAUCCAUAUAAAAUAUGUUUUCCACUGACAUUUUAAUCUUAAAUAUUUAUAAUUUUCCUGGUUGUGCUAUAUAAUUAUUUAACUCUAUUAUUUAAAUAACUGAAAAAUUCAGUUGAGCAUCAUAUUAAAUGAAUUGAUGUAACAGGUUUCAUACCAUAAAUGAAAGUUUGAUUUGUAUUUUCUAAGACUAUUGUAGUCAGAUAACGAUAACUUGUUUACUUUCCCUUUUGACAAAUGAUUCCCUCUUUGUCAAGGAAUCUUAAUGGUGACCAGUUUUAUAGGUUCAAGUUUAAAGCACUGUCUUCAAUGUAAGUGUUUUCCCUGGUAUUGUGUUUUCCUGACUUUAGAGGCUGUUGCCCUCAAAUAGUAAUUUUAAAAAUUGAAUUCAAACUUCACAUUAAAAAAAUUUAAUGUUGUUUUUUGAUAAA